CCUAAUCAUCCGCUCACCCAAUCAUCCCCUCCCCCGCGCAUUCUUCUUCCCCCACCGCCAUCUCCCCAUAGCCGGCAGCUCUCCUUUGAUGUAACAGCGUUCCCGUACUGUCCCGCUUGUCUUCUCUCAGGCAGGUUAAGUCCAAAACAAGAUAUGGAAGAGGCGGGGCAGCUUAGAAGGGCAAUUAACGAUGCCACGGCGGGUGCAAUUUCCGGUGGCAUAUCGAGGACCGUGACAUCGCCCCUCGAUGUGAUUAAGAUCAGAUUCCAGGUUCAAUUGGAACCUACUUCUAGAUGGGCCUUGCUUGCCAAGGAUGUAUAUCAACCUUCUAAGUACACUGGGAUGCUGCAAGCAACUAGGGACAUAUUCAGAGAGGAAGGCUUACCGGGCUAUUGGCGGGGUAACGUUCCAGCACUUUUGAUGGUGAUGCCAUAUACUGCCAUACAAUUUACUGUGUUGCACAAGUUGAAAUCCCUUGUUUCUGGAUCUUCAAAAUCAGAAGACCACAUGAACUUGAGCCCAUUAGUUUCAUUUACCAGUGGAGCAUUAGCAGGCUGUGCAGCUACCGUUGGAUCAUAUCCAUUUGACCUGCUAAGAACAAUAUUAGCUUCACAAGGGGAGCCAAAGGUUUACCCAAACAUGAGGUCUGCAUUUGUUGAUAUACUUAGAAGUCGUGGGAUUCGAGGCAUGUAUUCUGGAUUGAGUCCUACGCUCAUUGAAAUCAUUCCUUAUGCUGGUUUGCAGUUUGGAACUUAUGAUGCACUCAAGCGCUGGACAGUGGACUGGAACCGUUUUAGGUCAUCAGACAUGAGCCAAGGUGAUUUUGCUCCUUCAAGCCUCCAGCUCUUUUUUUGUGGUUUAGCUGCUGGAACAACUGCUAAAGCUGUUUGUCAUCCCCUUGAUGUAGUGAAAAAGAGGUUUCAGAUUGAAGGGCUAAAGAGGCAUCCAAGAUAUGGGGCUCAAGUUGAGCAUAAUGCAUACAGAAAUAUGAAUGAUGCUCUCCAUCGCAUUUUACUCCAUGAGGGAUGGGCUGGCCUUUAUAAAGGCAUAGUUCCAUCAAUUGUUAAAGCUGCUCCAGCUGGUGCUGUAACAUUUGUUGCCUACGAAUUUACAUCAGAUUGGUUAGAAUAGAUUGAGAUGAACCUAACUUAUUUAUUUUCCAUUUUUCCUCCUGUGCUGGGGUAAGCAAAGUUGAAUUUUGUCAUUCUUUCAACUUAAUUUAUACACAAGGGUCCCCAGCGAUAGGAAGGAAAUAAAGGGGAUGGGGGACACUGCUCAUAUUUUUAUUUUUUGAUCCCACGAGGGGGCUUAAUUUUAUAGUUAUAGCAAGUUUAGUAGCAGGAUUUAUUGUUCACACAGCAGAAUGCUGUUAUUCAUCUUAUUCAUAGAUAUAAAAUGGUUCCUUAUUGCAAUA